AUGACUAGUGUAAAGCAGUGGAGGCAUCAGUCACUGGAAGCCGAUGGAUCGAGUCAGAAAAGUGUGGAGGACAAAGAUUCUGAAAUUGUUGCAAGUGCAUAUGAUGAAGAAUCAGUCGAUGAUGAGGAUACAAAACAAUCGUCGUCCGUAUGUCGUGCGGAAAAAUCACUUGGCAUAUUAACCCAGCGAUUUGUUGAUUUAUUACAACGAGCACGAGGUGGCAUUGUCGAUUUGAAUGUUGCGGCUGAAGAGCUACAAGUGCGACAGAAGCGAAGGAUAUACGAUAUAACCAACGUGCUGGAAGGUAUCGGAUUAAUUGAAAAGAAGUCGAAAAAUAUUAUUAAUUGGAAAGGUGGGAAGCUAAGGAAGCAUGGUUCUUUCCCGGAUACUGAUCCUGAAGAACAGAAACGUAUUUUGAAACGGAAGGCUGAGUUGGAAGAGCUGGAAAAGGAAGAACGCAUUCUCGAUACCCAUAUUAAAUGGAUGAAACAGAGCUUGCGAAAUGUUAGUGAAUAUCAAAGAAACAUGAAGUUGGCAUAUUUGACGGAAGAAGAUAUACUCUCUGUUUUUGAAGAUAGCCGGGUUUUUGCAAUACAGGCUCCUCCUGGGACCUUCGUUGAAAUUGGUGCACCACCAAGGAUGCGUGAUUUUGAUAUGCAAUACAAUUUACGACUGAAAAGCACAUUUGGCCCGGCGAACGCAAUAUUAUUGGGAGAAAUGAAUAGUACUCAAAGUCAAGGCGACUUAUUUACUAACAAAUCCCAGUCUAUGCCAUACGUUGUAGAGGGUGAGGUACCCGGGCAGUUUUUAGAGGAGGAUGAAGAUGAAAGUGUGCUGAAGAAAAGGCGAUUAGAUGAAGAAUUUGGCGACCAAGCCGAUCCCGUAUUACCUUUUGUUCCAUCUCAAGGCGAACAUCAGAAAUCAUCUGAGCAAGGGUGCAGUUCUCUGCAAUCACAAACACAAGCCAAAAUUCGAGAAGUAAUGAGAAAACUAAGCCCGCCACCCUCCGAACGUGAUUAUAUUUUUAGUUUGAGUCAAGGCGAAACAUUAUCGGACCUUUUUGAGGAUGAUCUCAUUUGA